AUGGAAAGCGAAAAGAACAGCAGCAGCAGCAGCAGCAGCAUAAGCAGCAACAGCAGCAGCAACGGCGCUGCAGCAGAGGCACCGAAGGCGCCCGGGAACGCUGCAGCAGCAACUGCAGCAGAUCCAGCAGCAGCAGCAGCUGCUGCCCCCGCAGCAGCACCAAAUGAUGUACACGUGUCCGAAGAUGCAACAGCAGCGCCUGCUGCAGCAGCAGCACCUGCUGCCGCUGCAGCACCAAAUUCAGACGGUGCAGCAGCAGCAACUGCAGCAACAGCAGCAGCAUCAGAAACAAAGCCAGAUGGAGAAGGGCCAGCAGCAGCAGCACCAUCAGCAGCAACAGCAGAACCAGCAGAUGUAGAAGCGCCGGCAGCAGCAGCAGCAAAAGCAGCAAAAAAGGCAGCAGGCGCACAGGAACAAGUCGAGCGAGAAGCAGCAGCAGCAGCAGCGGCAGCAGCAGCAGCGGCAGCAGCAGCAGGUAAACAGGCACCGGAAUCUAGUGCCGCAGGUGGCCCCUCAGGCCCUCAGACAGCAGCAGCAGCAACAGCAGCAAAAUCACCAGCAACGGCAGCAGAGGCUGCGGCUGCAGCAGCAGCAACUUCAGAUCCGCAGAUGCCGCACAGUGAUGCCGAGGAACACCAGCAGCAGCACCUGCAGCAGCAGCAGCUGGAACAGCAGCAGCAGCUGGAGCAGCAGAGGCAGCAGCAGCAGCCGCAGCAGGCAGAACAGCAGCAGCCGCAGCAGCAGCAGCGGGCCUCUGCAGCAGAAGGCUUGCCGCUGCAGCGGAGCCUUUCCCAUUACAUGAAAGCCCCGAAAAGCCGACCCACAAACUCGGAGCCAACCAGCAGCAGCAGCAGCAGCAGCAGCCCCUUGGAGGCAACAAACAUGGCCAACAACUGCAGCAGCAGCAGCAGCAGCAGCGUGCCUGAGGAGAUACUCGAAGGGGACAGAAAUGCUGCUGCUGUUGAAGACGUUGUGGAGUACAUACAGUCCGACACAGAGAAAGUCCAGAUUGUGGUACGUCAGCAGCAGCAGCAGCAGCAACAGCAGCAGCAGCAACAGCAGCAGCAGCGUACUAGUGGCGGCAGUGGUCAGUGCUAG